CUCCCUUCAUUGUCAAGAGCUGUUUUUGAUAGGACUAAGUUAGUAUUCCCACCCCAACACCCUAUUUUCUGCUCAAACAUAUGCAUAUUUGCAUUGUUUUUAGGGAAUUGGUGAAGGAUAUUAGUAUUUAUUAGGUGUGUUGACAUGGUUGGGAAAAAGUUCAUGAAAAUGGGGAAGAUGCUGAGAAAUUUGAGUGAUUUGUUAACUUUUCCUGCACUCUAUGUAUUUGAGGAAUGUCUCCACUCAUCCUCUUAUCAUUUUCUCUCUGGUUUGUAUGUUGUCUGAUUCAAUACAAUUCAGAUAUACUACUGUAGAGAAUCAAAUCAAUCAUGGCAAGAAGAUCAUCAAGAAUUCAUGAAGUAGGGGAGAAAAGUGGACUGAGCUGUGUGGGUGGAUUGUUCAGCAUACUCGAAUCAUGUCAAGGCCGUCCCGGCCAUAUGGUCAUCUCGAACGGGAAGUCAGCAAGCAGAAACAUCGUCGAUUAUCCGAGACCACCUGACACGAUUGCGAGCUUUGAUGAAGAAUGUCGAAAGAUUCAUCAUAAUGGGGCAGGUCAGAGAAGUGACAGCGUUCGUGUUGAUUGUAAAGGCAGAAGUGCGAGGAGCUGCAUUGGAGACGAGAUGCCCGUUGGGCAGCACAGAAACGAACGAAACAUGGUCAAGAGACAGCAAUAUGGUAAAACAGGUUGUGAACUUGUAGACCAUCGGCUGGCAAAAACUCAAAAGAAAACGAGGAAAAGCAGCCAAGACGUCUACCAGUCAUCUUCUUCGUGUUGUUUGAACAAUGCAGCUAGGUUGAUGAACGAGCUUCCUUCGACUUCAACUGAAAGAGAUUCAACUUUAGGGGCGGUCUGUGCUGAGAAUCACCAAAAAGAGAUUCAACAUUCAGAAUAUCUACAAAGAAAUAGCUUUCUUGAAAAGUAUGAUAAGGUUGAUAACAUUAGCCUUAAGCAAGUGCAGAUGAGGGCCAAGGCUUUCGUUGAUCAAAUGUAUAUCGACAGAAGGAUCGUUCUAGGAGAGAGAAGGAACUCCGAGUCCAAAUCUUUCUCCAAUGCACUGGAAGUGCUUAGCUCUAAAAGGAACCUAUAUAUGGAGUUCAUCCCAGAUCCCAACUCGAUGCUAGCAAGGCCCUCGAAGAAUAUGGCUGAGAAAGAUACAACAAAGUCAGUACUAAGCGAGGACAGCACUUCUGCUAAGUCUAGAAGCACGUUGGUGAUGGACGAGGCUGCCAUCAUGAACAAUAAUAUAUUGCAGAGGAUAAAUUAUGAGCUCGCGUGCUCCUCGAAAGCAAAUUUCACAGCCCAGCCUUCAGAUAAAAUAGUAAUACUGAGGCCAGUUCCCCGGAAUGGGAAGCAUUUGGAGAACAGGACCUGCAGCUACUCGUCAUUGCAGUUUCCAUACAAAUCGAAUAUAAGAGUAUCCGAGGAGAAAACUGCAUCCUUCUCCUUCAGAGAUAUCAAGAAAAAACUAAAACUUUCAUUUGGAGUCACCAAAAAGGAAACCAGAAAUUGCUUCAAUUCUUCUACCAACGCUAAGGAAAUGAAGGUGUUGAAAAAUCAAGUGCUCAAAUCCAGUAGGGGAUCCGACUUAGCUUGUGUGGCUGAUACCACGCGCAGAAAAUUAUACGUCUCGAGUGAUAGAUCUUCUAACAAACCAGAAUCUGAUGUGAUAUUGGAGGCUAAGAGGCACCUGUCCACAAGAUUGAAUAGUCUGAACUCUGUGGAGGGAGUGACAAGUAGAAAAUCCCCGAUAACCCUAGACCGGAUCCUCUCCUCACCCGAGCACGACUCAUGGCCCUUCAGCCCAAGAAGGGACAGCCUGUAUUGCCCCGGCUCUGCAGAGAUGAGAUUUAGUCCUUACAACACCUCACCCAGUGUCAUUGAAAGCAGUUGUCAUGUACAAAAUGAACUAAGUCCGAACACAGUUGAUGCAACGGCAUUUUCUGUGACUCCAACAACUGAAGCUGCAUCCAGAGAUAAAAAUAUUCCCACUGCAGGCAAAAUGAAAACUGAUGGGGAAUCGACCAAACCUUCUGAGACGAUAGACACUGUCAAAGCACAGAAAUGCGAUGGUAUCGCAAUGCAUUUGUCUUCACUAGCAGAAAAUGAGGCAGUUACUUCUACACUGGAUAAUUUCCCAUCUACUUCUUCAAACAGCGGCCACCUCAUAGAUUCGGCUGAAAACAUCAAAUUUCAAGAAGAGCAUCAAAGCCCAGUUUCCGUUCUUGAGCCAUUCUUCGCAGAAGACGCCAACAGUCCACCAACAAUCUCACUUCAAACAGGCAGAAAGGCACUGCAGCCACAUCGCCUUAUCUUUGAGGAGUGCUCAUUCGAGUCAUCCCCUCAGCACACACCGGCUAGUGCACAUCCCUGCAUGGAAGAACAACUCUGCCAAUACGUGCAGUUGGUGAUGGACGCCUCCUCCUUAGAUUGGGAUCACCUAUCAGAGAUCAGAUCCCAACCCGAACAGCUGCUGAUCCAUGAAUCCUUAUUCGAUGAGGUUGAGCUUCCACUCCUCGGCUGCUACUAUGACCCUAAGCUUCUCUUUGACAGGAUAAACCAAGUGGUAUUGGAGAUGUACAAAUGCCAUCUCUGCUCACCAGUUUCUGGCCCAUUCAAAGCGCGAUCAGUGGCACUGGCUGAAGCAGUGCUUGAUGAGAUAUUGGCAGAAGCUGACUAUUUCUUACUCCCCACGAGUGAGAGAAGAAGCUUGGAUGAGAUUGUCUCAGAAGGCGCGAAAUGUGCACCGUGGCUUGAUGAUGUUCGACUCGAUACAGAACGUAUUGUGGUUGAGAUUUCAGAAGCCAUCUUGGAGGAAUCAUUACUUGAGCUUCAUGCAUCAUAAGUUUGAUUUCUUCAUAUCGUAAAAUUAUUUCCCUUUUUACAUUUGAGUUUGAGUUGAAUGUGAACCAUCAUGUUUGUAGUGAAUUCUUCGAGUUAAUUAGGAAUAUACAGAUUGAUAUAUGGGGGCUCCAUUUUGUAAAUAUAAUAUUUGAGGAUUCUAUUCUUUUUUACAUUUGCUCGCGAUUAGGCAAAUAUUUUGUUUUAGAAGCAAAUAAAUGCGUUACGCCAUAAUAUGUUAAAAUA